GGUAAAGCGACUGGGCUACUUUGAUCAUACACAAAGGCAGCUUGGAGAGAGAGCCCUGUAUGUUUUUCCUGCCAAGAGUGAAACCACAAGGAUCACUUGUGAGGGACCAGAAGGGACACCUGCUCAUCAUGAUGACCCUGUUAUUCGAAAGUUAAAAAGAAUGUUUAGAAAGGAAGCUGGAAAGAGAGUUACCGAAAAUGCAGAUACACUGAACAUCAAUUUACAGCCACUUGAGAAAAAGGACAGCAAAGGUAAAGAAGAAUCAGUGCAAGAACAGGACUGUUCUGGUAUUAAUUCCAUUCCAUGCUACUCCAACAAUGAUCCUGAUCAUAAUUAUCUGGAAGAGGGGAAAGAGCCAUCACCUGAUGCUUCUCAGGAACAAUGGGCCCAUUUGGGGGACCCAGAUUCAGAUGAGGAGCCAGGGGAUAACACUGAUGAUACCAGCUCUGUUACUUCUUCUGCUAGCUCUACAGCCUCACUUCAAAGUGGCCCAACACGAAAAAAAAGCAUUCCUCUAUCUAUUCGCAACUUAAAGAGAAAGCACAAGAAGAAGAGGACAAAAUUUUCUCGUGAAUUUAAACCAGGAGACAGGGUGGCAGUUGAAGUUGUCUCCACUGUAACUUCUGCAGAUGUGAUGUGGAAGGAUGGUAAAAUAGAGACAGGGAUCCGCUCCAAUGAUUUAAUCCCUAUCCAGCACCUUGACAACCAUGAGUUCUGCCCUGGAGAUUAUGUUGUAGACAAGCGGCCCCAGGUUCUUCAAGAUCCAGCCAUCUACGGGGUGAUUCAGUCAGGUGAUCAUAAAGCCAGAACAUGUGCCGUCAAGUGGGUUAAACUCAAUGCUGCAGGUGAUGAUGUUGAGGUGAUUGGGGAGGAAGACGAUGUUAGUGUUUAUGACAUUGCUGAUCAUCCAGAUUUCCAUUUUCGUACAACGGAUAUUAUCAUAAGGAUUGGCAAUUCUGGUACAGAGGACUGCGGAACUGAGAGAUCUGUUGGCCAAGUCUGCAGGGUGGAUUUAAGCAGUAAAGUGGAAGUUGUUUGGGCUGAUAAUUCAAAGACAAUUGUCUUGCCACAGCACUUGUAUAAUGUUGAGUCUGAAAUUGAAGAAACAUAUUAUGACUCUGCCGAGGGCAGCAGUAGUGGUGCCUCAUCUGAAGAAUGGGAAGAUGAGAGUGAUAGUUGGGAAACAGAUAAUGGACAAGUGGAAGAAGAACCAGGGGGUGAAGAAACCAUCUCCAUUUCCUCUUCCACCACAGCUACCACAUCUGAUGAAAAAACUAAUGGCAUACUUGCCUUCAAAACUACAGACUCAACAGGAACAUUUUCUACAACUGAACUUGCUGGAGGUGGUGUUGCUACACCUGAGGAAAAGCCCACUAAGGAAGCUCCACCAAGGGGAUUUCGUGAGCUUAAAGAAGCCCUAAAGAUUUUGGAAAGUUUAAAGAACAUGACUGUUGAGCAGCUCUGGACUGGAUCACCAACCUCUCCCACAGCAGAACCAUCAGCUGCAACUGCUGCCACAGCUUCUGCUGAUAUCAAACCCACAAAGGAAAAACGCUUUCUGGAUGACAUUAAGAAACUUCAGGAGAAUUUGAAAAAGACUCUAGACAAUGUUGCCAUUGUUGAAGAAGAUAAAAUGGAGGCUCCCGUAGAAGAGGAAAGGAUUAUCACUCCAGUGUUAACUGAACCACAGACACCUGUGCGUUCUGAAUGGCCUAGUGACACUCCAGUUUUGUGCCAGCAGAGUGGAGGCAAACCAGGUGUCACCUUUACCAGUGCUAAAGGGGAAGUGUUUUCUGUUUUGGAAUGGGUACCAGACACCCACUCAUUUAAAAAAAUGGAAUUUCAGCCAGCAGAGGCAAAGAAGUUCUUUAGCACUGUAAGGAAAGAAAUGGCCUUGCUGGCCACCUCUCUGCCUGAUGGUAUCAUGGUGAAAACCUUUGAGGACAGAAUGGACCUUUUUUCAGCUCUCAUUAAGGGCCCUCACCGCACUCCCUACGAGGAUGGACUCUUUCUCUUUGAUAUCCAGCUUCCUAAUAUCUAUCCUGCUGUUCCUCCUCUUUUCCGUUAUUUGUCUCAGUGUAGCGGGCGGCUUAAUCCUAACCUUUAUGAUAAUGGAAAGGUUUGUGUCAGCCUUCUUGGCACCUGGAUUGGAAAGGGUACUGAAAGAUGGACAAGCAAAUCAAGUUUACUUCAAGUGCUUAUCUCUAUACAAGGUCUGAUUCUGGUCAAUGAGCCAUAUUACAAUGAGGCUGGCUUUGACAGUGACCGGGGACUUCAGGAAGGUUAUGAAAAUAGUCGCUGUUACAACGAGAUGGCACUCAUUAAGCUGGUACAGUCAAUGACUCAGCUUCUUCAGCAGCCUGUAGAGGUCUUUCAGCAGGAAGUCUAUGAACACUUUGCCUGCAGUGGUUGGCGGCUGGUCCAUCGGCUGGAGUCCUGGCUAGAGUUAGAUGGGGCAAUCACAGAUCAUGCUCCACGAUGUGGUGUUGGAAGCCUCUAUGCAGAACCUCUAGAAGAGAUCCCCUCAGUUCUUUACCACUGCAGUUCUAGCAAGCAGGACAUACAAGUCGAAGAAGAUUUUGAGGAUUCGGGACUCAGUCUCUCUACAAUGGCAACCAGUGGACCUACUGGUUUAACUGAAAAAGAUUUGAGCCAGAACUCUGAGUGUGAUAGUUCAUUGGUGGGUGGUGCAGGAUCAGAAAUACCAGAAGUUCCUGAAGUAAUGUCAAAUUUUUUGGGAUCUCAACAAAGUGUAAAAUCAUGUCAGGAGUCUCAACCAGCUGUGAGACCAAAGAAAAGGAGAAAGAGUUAUCGUAGUUUCCUUCCAGAGCGGAGUGGUUAUCCUGAUAUUGGAUUCCCCCUCUUCCCUCUUUCCAAAGGUUUUGUAAAGAGCAUGUGUGUAGUUCUGCAGCAUUAUCGAGCUACUCUCACAGCUGCUGGUGUUCCUGAACACCCAGAAAACAAAUAAUUUCCCUCCAGAAUUUUUUUUCUCCCUCGUUAAUCAAUCAGUUUGCAGCGCUUUCCCACCUUAACCCACUGUAGGAACAUUUAUCUCCUUAUCAGCCCACCUAUUCUCCCAGCAACCUUUAUUAAUUUUUGUACUGAAUCUUUAGUUGCUUCAGUUUUUGUUCUGUACAUAGUCUUUAAAAUUAUUAUCUUUACUGACAACAAUGCUGCCAUCGCACUGCUCUCUCAGGGAAGUACAGAUGAAAUGCACAUAGAUUAGUCAUUUAGAAAUGCCUGGGCUCUUUAUGUGUUAAAAAGAUUAUUUGGUAUAACCUGUGCCAGAAGGAACUGAUUUAUUGUGCCAUUGGAUAUGUCAGUCUUAGGCAUUGUUCUUUGAUACUUUGGGGUGGACAGACCUUUUUUCUUGUUUUUGGGAGCCCCAAUUGACUCCCACCUUAUACUGGCUUGCAUAAGUUAAAGUUUGCUUGCAGUAAAAAAUAAUAAUAAUAUGUAAUUGUUAUUGUUUCCAUAAAGUUUCUCAUCAGAUGUGUGAUUGUAGUAUUUGGUUUAUCAAAUAUCUGUAUUUGCAUGACUUCCUCUUUGGUCCAUAUCCAUAGGCAUUUCUGAUAUAUAGAUUGCAUUGCUUUUCAUCUGAUCUUGUAUCCUAAUUCUUUUAAAUGUGACUUGCCAAAACCAAACAAAAUAUCUGUCCAUACAAAAUUUGUCCAAACUGCCUGCAUAGUCAUCAGUACUAACAAACCUUAAUUAAUCCAGUUGUUUAUUUACAAUGAAAUCAUAUAAAAGUGACAAAUGUUUACAUUUAAAAACAAAAAAAAAAAAAACAGUUGUGUUUCAGUGUGUCACUUCUGACAUUUAAAACUGGAUUUAACAUCCUCAUUCUCAUAGGCAAUUUCACAGUGGGUAGCGUUGUCACCUCACAGUAAGAAGGUCGCUGGUUUGAGCCUCAGCUGGGUCAGUUGGCAUUUCUGUGAGUUUGCAUCUUCUCACAGUGUUCACGUGGGUAUCCUCCGGGUGCUCCGAUUACCCCUACAGUCCAAAGAUGUGGUAUAGGUAAAUUAAAUAAACCCUAUAUGGGUGUUUUCCAGUGAUAAGUUGCAGCUGGAAGGGCAUCCGCUGCGUUAAACAUGCUGGAUAAGUUAGUGGUACAUUCCACGGUGGCUACCCCAGUUAAUAAAGGGAUUAAGCCAAAAAGAAAGUGAAUGAAUGAAUCCUCAUUCUUUCUUCUGUAAUGUGACAUGAUUCUGUUGUAGGCAAUGUCCAUGCAUUACAAUAAUUCCACCCUGCGCCCCGUCUUUAGUGAUUCUAGUUGGUCAGACUGGACAAGAAGCACUGUGCCGUGCUUUGCCUCAUCUAUAUGUAAUCUGUCCAAUGAAGUGACUUAUUUUCUGGAAGAAGAAAAAAAAGUCAGCAUAAUUUGAAUACAGAACUUAUUCUAAACUUUUGAGAAUCAAUUCAGAUCAAAUACAGAAUUGUUAGAAAGAACAGUGAUGCAUCGUUUUUUACUUUUACCCCCAACAUACAAAAUAAAUCCAGUUUUAUUGAAUGAGUUCACAUUGCAUAAUUUUAGCACUAACUGUGUCUCACCAACAAAUUUUGGGUAAUAUCUGGCAAAUGCAUAAUAAGGAAGACGAAUCAGUGCUUGUUCAGCAGUAACUGUUAGCUGUAAUCCCACUACUUUGAACAUUGCACAGUUUUUUCUGCAUUAGUCUUCUAUUUUAGAAAACUACACUGAUGUUUGUUUGAAUGUUCUUUCAGACAUUUAGAUAGCUAACAAAUAACUUGAAAAAAUAUUUAGAUAGAUUUCAUACAUUAGAGUGUUUUUGCUUAUUGAUUUCUGGUUUGAAUAUAGUUUCAUUGUUCCCAUCCAUUCAUUUCUUUAGCAUUGUUGCCUUUAUUUUAAACUUCAGAAUAUGAUUUCAGGCUUGACCUCAAAUGACCUUUUUUACAGCAUUAUAUUUAACAUUUUUUUUCUGUUGCCAAAUCAGUCACGCUAGUUACAAUUGAGAGGCAUAAAUUCAGAAAGUCAAAUUAUUUCAGCAAAUGUUGAUAGUGAAAUAAUUUAUAUAGUUCCACCCACUGGCCAACACCACACCCCUAACCAUGUACAUCUUCAAGAGGUUUAGAUGCUGUGAUUUAGAAAACUCGUGUCAAUCCUGGUUCUGUGCUUCUCCAUACAACUUGAAGGCAGCAGACAGUACUUUUGUAAUUAAUAACAGAUCUUCCCUUUUUUGCAUCAACAUCAUGUUGGCUGUGUUAAAUCACAGCCUGCAGACACUUAUGUUUCGAUUUAUGAUUUGUAUUAUUUUUUAUUUUUUUAUUUUUGCAAUACACAAGAAUCAUCAUCAGACUGUUUUCAUUUACCAAAAAAAUACAGUUCUUGAUUUCAGUUACUUUGAGUUUAUAGAUUGCAUUGCAUUUGAUAUUUGCAGAGAAAAAAACAUUAAAAAAAAUCUGAAUUAGUCUUUUUCUUUUCUAGUUGUACAUUUACUGCUUUUCAAUAUUGAAAAGUGAAGCAAUGUGUCAAGGGAGUCAGACAUAAAAAGACUAUGAACUAUUUUCUUAGUGUGUGUGUGUACAAUACUCUGAAUUUAUUCAAACUAUUAUGAGGAGAGUUAACAGCCAAAGCAUGUAAUGUUACUUUUUGAGCCUUAAUGGCUACAUAAUUAUUGAUUGUACAAUGUAAAAAGAUUCAACAGUUUCCUGUAUUGGUUAAUAAUAAAUGUGAUUUUUAACCUUAA